AUGAAAGAUGAUAUAAGAGUCCUUGUACUUGGAGAUGGUAAUUUAUAAUUAGAAAAGGUUGGGAAAACUUCCAUAAUAAAAGCUCUAAUAAGUGAUCAACUUCCUCUUGAAAUUCCUGCUGUUCACCCUCCUGUCAAGUUCCCAAAAGAGUAUUGUCUUGAUAAUUGUUCAGUCACAGUCGUAGACAGCCUCUAUAGAAGAGAUCAGGAAACAGACGAUACUCUCAUAGAAGAAAUUUCCAAAGCCAAUUCAAUCCUCCUUGUAUAUGAUGUCACAAUGACUGAUACUAUUGAUCGAUUAGGCUCUUUUUGGAUGGAUUUUAUAUCAAAUCAUAGUGAUGCCCCAAUUAUCUUACCCUCCUCUUUAAAUUGGAAUGAAAGCAUCUUUCAAUUUGAAAGAGUUAAUUUUUUUAAAUAUUAUCCUAAUUACACUCCUAUUUAAAAUAGAACAAGUUAUAGGUUAAUUAUUGAUUUUUAUGACAUUAAAUUGGAUAUCAAAGCUACCUAUAUAGGAUUAUUUUUUUUUUUUAAAAUUAAUGACCAAAAUUUUACUAAUAUUUUGUUUUGAUUUAAAGCGGGGGAGUUAGUAGGAAAUAAAGCAGACUUGAAAACUGACCAAAGCACAGCUGAACAAUUUGAAGACAUUAUGAGACCUCUCGCAAAAGACUAUAAACAAUGCGAUUAUGGUUAAUUAAAAUGCUUAUGGUCUAAGCCACACUUCUUUCUAAAGAGGGCUUGGCCAAACUAUUGAUGUCACGGGCAUAUUUGUAAUCCCUUGGCUUAACCAUCCCAAAAAUCGGCAACUAGCCUUACCAACGUCUCUCGCGCAUGGUGCAAUGCCCUCCCUGGCUCAGCUUCUGCAUGCGUUCACCUAAGGGUCACCUUCCUCAGAUAUGCUGAGUGUAUAAACUGUGAGCCUCUUACAUUCACUCAGAGAAGGCCCUAGCCCUAUGUGACCAGAAGUUCUCCACAUUUUUAGUAUAGAAACUCUCUAGGUAAACCACCCAUAAAAUAAAAUAUAUUAGGGAGUGAAAAUUAGCAGAGCUAAUUUCUUCAUGCUAUUUUAUUUAUCAAUUAUAAGCAAUGCACUAUAAGUAUAGAAGUAUCAGCAAAAACGUUAGUCAGCUUGCAUGAUUUAUUUUUAUGUGCUCAAAGAGUGGUGCUUUAUCCUACGUCUCCUUUGUAUGAAUCAGUGUCAAGACAGCUAACUCCAGAGUUUGAGAGAGCUCUUGGCUUGAUUUUUAGAAGAUGUGACAAGGACCAGGAUUUUUAUUUGAACGAUUAUGAGCUUGCCAAUAUGCACUCAGAAGUAUUUCAAAAUCAUCUCAUACAGAAUGAUAUGGACCAUAUCAAAGAGGUUGUUAGGGAAAAAUGUGGAGAGGGAGUUACUGAUAAAGGCAUGAAUUUCCAUGGCUUUCUCCAUCUUCAGAAAAUGCUAAUCCAAAGACUGAAACUCAAUGUUUGCUGAACACUUUUAAGGUAUUUUGGAUUCAAUGACAAACUGGAGCUGGAAAUUAACUUUACUAUCACGAAAAAGCCUACAGAGUCCAUAGAACUCAGCAGGAACUCAAUAAACUUUUUAAUAGCAGUUUUCAAACAAUAUGCUAGGAACGACUUAUUGACUUAUGAAGACUUGUUAUCAAUUUUCUCUACAUUAGAGUGCCCACCAUGGGCUCCAACAAGAAUAGAUGAGCAAGCUUGGCUUAGCAUUGAAAGAUUUGUGGCGAUGACUCCUGAUUUUUGUGUCACUUUGUCGUCUUGGCUGGCAUUAUGGCACAUGCUUACACUUCUUGACUAUGAAAAUUCAUUAAAAUAUCUAGUCCAUAUUGGUUUUUCUUAUAAUUAUGAAGAUGCUUUUAUUGUUACUAAAGAAAGAGACGUCACCGAUUUUUCACAAAGAAGAGUUUUCUGUGGAUUUGUGUUAGGAGAAACAGGGGUUGGAAAAACUUCACUAUUAAAUUCAUUAUUAGAAAAAGAGUUUAACCCAAAUCAAAUGCCUAGCACUCUUCCGAAUAUGGUUUCUAGAAUCAUUGAGGACACAUCAAGCCAAUUAUUAGAAAGCAAAUGCUUGGUACUGAUUGAAUAUCCCACUGUUGCGUUAGAAGAAAUGAAAAAUAACCUUGAUUUAUGUGACGUCGCUAUAAUUCUACAAGAUGGGACUAGAGAAAGCCAAGAAUUCAUAGCAAAUGAGCUUUUGUUGCCAGAACUUUUACCAAGAAUUAGAGUGAAUAUUAUGUGUUGUAUGCUAGAUGCUAAAUAUUUAGUUCUCCAAUUCCAAUUCCACGAGUGACAUUCUGCACGGCUUCGUUAGAAGUUGUGUUGUGGCCCAAGCGAAUUGAGUGGACUUCCACCUCUGGUUCCCCUUAGCCCAGGCAGAAUCCCUGAUUUCUCGGUAAAGAAUGCCCUGUUGGUCCGCAGAUCAUAGCUAAGCAUCACCAUUUCCAAUUCUAUCCCUUCACCAUUAUUACGCUAACUCCUGUUUCCUACUCCUGGCCAGACCGCCCUUCUCAAGGUACCCUUUAACCGAAGGACCGCCGUAAGAUAUAAGUCUAGUUCGCCUCCCCUUUUUUCAGAUCAUCCCUGAAAAUACUCAACUGCUUUCGCGAUUCUAGCAGGUAAUUCAUUCUGCUCCAUUUCGGAUGCCCAAUGGCCAGGGUGCUGCUGUCAAAAAGAAGUCGCAGAUAACUGCCCAUCGUAUCAGGCCACAAAGCUGUGUUUCUGUACUUAAAACCUUCGCUUCAGGUUGCCAGAUGUUGCUGGACCAGUUCCCAACUCCAAAAGCCAUGACCAGAUAUACACGAGUAACCGUCACACGGAAGGAUGAUUCCGGCUCAUCACUAUUUUAUAUAUAUAGAGUGAAUACUAAAUCUGAUUACCCUAUGAAGUUGACGAUUGAUUUAUCAAAAGAACGGCCUGUCGGACUAUUUACUGAGAUUGUAAAUAUCGCAAUAAAGCCUAUGAAUGGGCUAGAAGAUCAUGUGAGGCGAGAGAUUAAGAAAAGUAUGCAGGAAAAAAGAAUGUCAGCAGCGUUAAAAAUUGGAAUCGUGGUAGCUGUUUUUGUGAGUGGAAUCGCAAUUAUGAGGAAAUAUUUCCCUAGGUAA